ACUCUCGUUUCCAAGAAUGUGCAGCAAGAGACCCGGCCCUCGCAAAUUGCAGUCUGGUCGACGGUGGCUUAAACGCCAUCAAUAGAGACCCGGAGCAUCAAGCUAUGCUGGCCUUCGAGUAUCCCUUUGAGCAGGACGGGCCCCUCGCCUACGACUGGUGCAGCCUCGCAAGCUGCUUCAAGGAUUUCAAGGUAAUUCCUUCCACUGCACGGCCUUCUGCGACGAGACGAUCGUCUAUUCUAGUGUGGUGCUCAAUCAACAUGGCGGCAAUCUCCGGCGUGUGGGCCAUCAGGAAGCUCCUCAGCGGCCAGCGGCACGACCCCGAACACUGCCCAGGCGUUUCCUUGUUCGACUGGGGAGUGUACGCGUACGAUCUUGGCUCCUUCGUCUUCUGGUGGUACGAGAUUUCCGCAGUGGCUAGAGAUCCCGCGGCCGCGGCGCAGAUCUCGAUCCUGAACUGGAUCAAGACAGUCGGAUAUCUGCUGCUGGUCAACCAGCAUCCGAUCUCUUGCCAACUGCACCAACAUCCCCGCUUGAAGAAGAGCAUAUUCAGUGCCGUGCUCAUAAUUGCAGUCGCGCAGUGGAUAGCAACUUGCUUCGCAGUAGGCACACAGUACGAUGAUAUUCUCCCCACGAAAAGGGCUCCGAAACUUUCUGCAAAGUACGAAUGCCUAGCGUCGCGCAUCGAGGAUGCCCCAGGCACAACUUCCUGCUCAGCUGAUGUGCUGUGCUCGAUGAGUUGGAUGUACAGUGUGGCGGAUUUCCUCGACGAAGAAAGAUCAGCUUUAUUUUAUGCGGGAAUAUUGUUCAUCUGCGUCAGCACUCUUUUCCCACUGUUCAUCUUGGUCAGUUUCCGAGAUGCAAUGCUUGAUAAGCAGUCCUUCACCAUACGACGAGAGACCAUUCUGCAUGUUCCCAGAUGGCUCGCCGGAGGUCUUGCCCUCUACUACGUUCUUGGCAAUAUCGCAAUCGCUAUUCUGGUGCUCGUGGAUAUACAACACAAAUCAGCUUCCAUGGAUCGUGAAGCCCCCCUCACGUACCAUCUUGGAUGCACAGCCUUGCACCUCGCUUUUAGCCCAUGGAGACAGUAUCUUGACAUCAAUGACAAAGGCCGCGCGUUGAGGGUGGCCAAAGGCUGGUUCAACGCAUGAAUCUCAGGAUCCGUUGUGGGCACACGGCAGCUUUCGUUUUUCUCCUUGUUUGCUUAAGUACUUAACGACACGAGAAACUUGGGCGGGUGUGCGACUCGAGUACGUUAUACCGUUCCGCAAUCCAAAUGACCAGAUACGAGCAAUGACCUUGCCAUCCACUACACUUCCCACGGCGUGAAAGGGGCUACUGUUGUCCCUAAGGACGCUUCAGUAGAGUCCAUGAGCGUGAUCUGCAGGGCAGUUCGGGGCAGUCCCGUCCUCGACCCUAGGUGUACAUUGUGAGAGGUGGCGCGCGAGGUCUAGGCCUGGCGUUUGCCGAAGCACUCGUCGAGGCUGGGGCAAAGGAUGCGUUCAUCCACAUUUCACUUGAGCAACUUCAUGACGGGGAACAACUUGGUCGUCAACGGCGGCCACACGGCGUGGUGACCUGUUGACGCCAUUGUGAUGC